AUGGCAGAUCUGCAAGAGCGUGAAUCCACCGCAGUUCAUGGCUUGCUGAUGUUGUAUGGGGGGUCUGCCGGUGCUUCCAGCUCCGCUAUGGGUAAUGAUGCCCCUGAUCCAUCUGAUAAUGGAAAUGGCGGCAAAGAUGGCGACGAAGACUACCAAGACCCAGGCGAUGGCGGCGGUGGCGGUGACGAAGAUUCCUCCUCGUCCGAAGACAAUUACAAUGGGGACAACACAACAUGCUGCAAGUGUGGCAAGUCCAAGACAAACCGAGGAAGGCAAAUGCAGAGACUGCCCGAAACGCGCAUUGAAGGGUUACGCACGUUGUCGUGGCUGCUUAGGCAAGCAACGGACGGGCAAAUGUACGUAUUGCAAGAGAAGACCACCCGCGGAAGGCCUUACGGUUUGCCUGCCAUGCAAGCCAAAGGUGGAUGA